AUGUCGUUCUUAAGUACUGCUUCCAAUACGUCUCAAGCAAAUCUACUGGCUCUGAAUGGGCAAGAGCUCAUCAAUGAUAUCACCCUUAACAAUCCUCCAGACGAUUCGAUAUCCGAUUUAUCAUUUUCUCCACAACAAGAUCUUUUGGCAGUGGCCAGUUGGGACAAGAAAGUGCGUAUCUACGAGGUCGACCCAAACACGGGGAACAACCAAGGCCGUGCCUUAUACGAACAUGAAGCCCCUGUAUUAUCGGCCAGAUGGUCACUGGAUGGACAAAGAGUCGUCAGUGGGGGUGCAGACAAACAAGUAAAGCUUUUCGAUUUGGCUCUGCAGCAGCUGCAAACCAUUGGUGCCCAUGACGCUGCUGUCCGUGCAGUCAGAUACGUUGAAUGUGGUCCCACCAACACCCCUGUGGUUGCAUCUGGAUCAUGGGAUAAAACUUUGAAAUAUUGGGAUAUGAGAGCCCAACAACCAAUCUCAGUAGUCAAUUUGCCUGAGAGGGUCUACAGUAUGGAUAGUGCGCAGAAACUCCUUGUUGUUGCCUGUGCAGACCGUCAUCUCUCCAUAAUAGAUUUAAAUAACCCUCAACAAAUCUUUAAAAAUAACAUGUCACCAUUGAAAUGGCAAACUAGAUCCGUCAGUUGUCAUCCACAGGGUGAUUGCUACGCCGUUGGGUCCAUUGAAGGUCGUUGUGCCAUCCAAUACGUUGACGAUCAACAAAAUAAGGGUUUUUCAUUUAGAUGUCAUAGAAAGACCGGAGCUGGUCAAACUGGAAACAUUAGAACCAACAGUACUGACUCUCAAAUCUUUGCCGUCAACUCCAUCAAUUUCCAUCCAGUCUAUGGUACUUUCAGCACUGCAGGUUCAGAUGGUACCUUUUGUUUCUGGGAUAAGGAUGCGAGACAACGUCUUAAGGGGUUCCCACAAGUCAACUCUACGAUUUCUGCUUCAUGUUUCAACAAGAACGGUAGUAUUUUCGCAUAUGCUAUGAGUUAUGACUGGUCUCAGGGAUACAUGGGUAAUAGACCCGAUCUUCCAAAUGUGAUUAAAUUACAUGGAACAAAGGACGAUGAAACAAAGCAAAAGAAGAAAAGAUAA